AUUUACCGUGGUUGUUGAAAACCAUCUUCGCCGCUGGUUCGCUUAGUUGCGGAUGCUCUGACGAGAACAUCAAAGAUCACGUUUUUAUUUAGAAACUGUCAUUUGACAUUAAUCAUCUGCAUCCACCACGCGUAAAUAACCAUGGAUAUAGAUGAGGAAGCGCCACCAUUACUUGUUGCUUCUGAUGAUGCUGCUUCUGAUGUUCCUGAACUUCUCAAUGCUACAGUUGAAAAUCUUAGCCUAACAAAGGUCCCCAUAACAGUGGUAACCGGCUAUCUCGGAGCAGGAAAGACUACGCUGCUGAAUUACAUUUUGAACGAACAACACGGAAAAAAAAUUGCUGUGAUAUUAAAUGAGUUUGGCGAUUCUGCUGAUAUAGAGAAAAGUCUUACUGUGAGCAAAGAUGGCGAACAAGUCGAGGAAUGGCUUGAACUUGCCAACGGCUGCAUAUGCUGCUCGGUAAAAGAUCAAGGGGUCAACGCCAUAGAAUCACUUAUGGAACGCCGUGGAGCAUUUGAUUAUAUCCUGCUUGAAACCACUGGUCUCGCGGACCCGGGAAACAUCGCGCCUAUGUUCUGGGUAGACGAGGGCUUAGGAAGCACCAUAUACUUGGACGGUAUUGUAACCCUGGUAGACGCGAAGAACAUCUUCAAAUCUCUCGAUGAGGAUCCGUCUGAAUCAGUCGAUAUCGCUACAGCGACCCAUAUUGGGCCCGAACUCACUACAGCUCAUCUGCAAAUCAGCCAUGCUGACGUUAUCGUCCUCAACAAGGCGGAUCUUGUAACGGAGGCCGAACUUAACAAAGUGAAGGAGAGACUUUCGACUAUCAAUUCCUUGGCAAAGAUACAUGUUACAUCUCAUAGCAGAGUACCGCAGCUUGAAGGUGUUCUGCUUGAUCUUCACGCGUACGAUGCAGUCUCGGAACAGGAUCUAACUUUUUCAUCCAAAGGCCACAGCCACCUUGAUCCUACAAUAUCCACGAUUUCAAUCAAGUUUCCCAUCAUAGGAAAUGACCAGCUAAACCUCUUAGACUCGUGGCUGCAGCAAGUGCUUUGGGAGUCCGUCCUACCUGGUGAAUCCAACGUGGCAGAGAAAAGCUUUGAAAUUCAUCGUACGAAAGGUCGAAUCUACACGAGUGACGGAAGAGUCAAAUUACUACAAGGCGUCAGGGAAGUCUUCGAGCUGAUAGAUGAGGAUGCAAGACUGGGAACUGUUGCAAAUGCCGGGCUAGGUGUUGUCCCUGAAAAUGUGUCAAAGGUCGUCCUCAUUGGACGUGGACUAGAAGGCGAGGCCUUCACGAGCAGUUUUCAUAAGUUUUUACAUAUUACUUAACUUCGACUUAAAAAAUACUGAACAUCAAUUGUUAAGUAUCUUCAGGCAUAUGUUAUGCGACAUAUAACGCCUCUAUCUUGAUGUCCGCUCAUUAGACAUGCUACGGAAAUGAUACAGAAUUGUUACAAAUACUUUAGGCCAAGAAUAUAAAAUGUUAAAAUCUCC